AUGCCCUCCUCGGCCCACCUCCUCACCCUCGUGGCCGCCGCCUCGUCGGCCGCCGCCACCUUCCAGGGCUUCAACUACGAUGCCAAGGUUGGCGGCAGAGGAAAGACAAAGGAGGAGUUUGCCCACGAAUUCAAGGUGGCCGCCAGCCUCGAGGGCACCAACGGCGGCUACACCAGCGCCCGUCUCUUCACCACGGUGCAAGUUGGCACCACCGACAAGCCCAUCGAGGCCAUUCCCGCUGCCAUCGAGUCCAAGACGAGCUUGCUGCUUGGUCUCUGGUGCUCUGCUGGCAAGGCCACCUUCAACAACGAGAUCAAGGCUCUUCGGAACGCCGCCAAGGAGUAUUGCCGCAGCGGUCUCGAUGAUAUAGUGGCCGGCAUCGCUGUCGGGAGCGAGGACCUCUACCGUAACUCGGACAUGGGCAAGAAGAACGGCGCAGAUCCGGGCCUGGAUGCCAAGACCCUCGUCGGCUACAUCGGUGAAGUCCGCGAGGCCGUCAAGGGCACAUGUCUUGAAAAGGCUCCCGUCGGCCACGUCGACACCUGGAACGCCUACACUGAUGCAGCCAACAAGCCUGUCAUCGAGGCCAUCGACUGGAUCGGCGCCGACGAGUACCCCUACUACGAGUAUCAGAAGCCAAACCCCAUCGAGAAGGGCAAGGCUCUCUUCGACGCGGCCAUCAAGACGAUCCAAGACGUUUCUGGCGGCAAGGAAAUUUGGGUCACCGAGUCGGGCUGGCCCGUGAGCGGCAAGAAGUCGGGUGAGGCCGUCGCCUCCAUCGAGAACGCCGAGACCUACUAUCGCGAGGUUGCCUGCUCCCUGUUUGGCAAGAUGAACGUCUGGUGGUACACUCUCCAGGACGGCGCCCCCAGCGACUCGCCCAACCCCAGCUUCGGCGUUGUCGGCGGCCAGCUUCAGAGUAAGCCAUUGUACGAUCUCUCGUGCGACAAGGCCCACAAGUCGCCCUCGUCGACCAAGUCCAGCGACCACUCCAAGGCCUCGAAGACUGCCGUUCCCUCGUCGGGCUCCAGCUCUGACUCUGAUGAGGGCUCUAACUCGGGAUCCGGUUCUGAAUCUGGAUCCAAUUCCGGCUCCAGCUCUGGCUCCAGCUCUGGCUCCAGCUCUGGCGCCGCCGCUGGCAACGUUACCCCUCCCUUCGCCGGCGGUGUUAAUGCCACCAGUGCCGAUGUUCCCCGGGCCAGCGGUAGCCAGCUGAACUCGCUGGGCGCUGCCGCUGUCGCUCUCGUCCUGGCCGUUGCUGUCCUGUGA